AUGGAGGCCUCUCGUCCUGCAACCAACCUGGAACAGUACCCAACCACCCCAGAUGAAGCAAUCGCGAAUGUCCAUCUGGUCCUCCUUAUCCAGGAACUCAUUGACUUGAGGAGGUCAUCAAGCCUUGAAUGCACGAUCACCCGCGUGCGAUUUGUGCCAAAGUUCGGCACCAACUCCUUCAGCAGUAUCGUCGACGAUGAAUUCUUCAAAUACGCCCCUGAGGACUUGGUGCAGGUUGACAUUAUCCCCCAGUAUCUACCGCCAUACCUGCCUGCGCAUGCGAUGGCGCUGAGGGACAUAGACUUAAACUAUCUGCCAUUCAUCGCCCCGUUAGACCUCCUCGCGUACAAGGUCCACUGCUCGAGCAUGCGUCCCUAG